AUGCUGAUUGGUGCUGAAUUCUAUAAUACUCUACUUCAACCAGAACAAUUGAUAAUAGGAAAGAAUUCGCCACUGUUACAAAAUUCGGUUCUAGGUUGGUUGGUGGUUGGUAAGACUAAAACUACAACAGAUAUUAAACCAACAUGCGCUAUUACUACAGGAGAAGUUGGUGAAAUGUCAGAAAUGUUAGAACGAUUUUGGAAAUUAGAUAACAUUGAGACUGCAGAAAGGGUUUUGACUUUAUCUGAGAAAUGGUGUGAAAAUCACUUUACAAAUCAUGUAAAGACAAAUCACGAUGGUCGUUUCAUUGUACGCUUACCUUUCCGCGAUGAUCCCACGACACUUGGUAGAUCGCGUGAGAUAGCAUUCAAUCGAUUUUGUUCUCUGGAAAGGAAGUUACAAAGGGACCCAAAUUUAUACAAGGAGUACAUUAAGUUCAUGGAUGACUACGAGUCAUUAGGUCACAUGGAAAAGGUUUGCCCGAAAGAUGUCAAAGGAGCACAAUAUUUCAUUCCUCAUCAUUGUGUCUUGAAACCUGACAGCACUACAACCAAAUUGAGAGUUGUCUUUGAUGCAUCAGCAAAAACAUCAAGCGGUUUAGCACUAAACGAUAUUUUGCACAAAGGUCCAACAGUGCAAAGUGAUCUUUUUUCAAUACUGUUGCGUUUUAGAAUACACCGGUUUGUAUUUACGGCCGAUAUUGAGAAAAUGUACCGGCAAAUUCAAGUACAUGAUGAAGAUACAGCACAGCAGCUGAUAAUCUGGAGAAAAAGUGCUGAUGAUAGUAUACAAUAUUACCGACUGAAAACGGUUACAUAUGGAACAAAGUCAGCCCCUUAUCUUGCAACAAAAUGUCUUCAACACCUUGCGAAACAUAAUAUGACCAACUAUCCGCUUGGAGCACCUGCAUUACUUAAUGAUUUUUAUGUAGAUGACUGUUUAAGCGGAACUAACAGCAUCAUUACCGCCUUACACACUCAACAACAACUUUCGGAACUGCUCAGUAAAUCAGGAUUUAAACUGAGAAAAUGGUGCUCAAAUAAUACACGACUACUACAAAACAUUCCGAUAGAAGACCAAGAAAUCAACCUUGAUUUAGAUGACUCAGCCAUAAAGCCAACAAAAACAUUAGGCAUUAUUUGGCUCCCGAAAUCAGACGAAUUUUGCGGUAAGGCAGAGAUGUCAUCAGAGCAACCUAUCACGAAGCGGAUUGUGGCAUCGGACUUAGCUCGAAUUUUUGAUCCUUUGGGAAUUUUUGGCCCCAUUACUGUAACAGCUAAAAUAUUCAUGCAGGAAUUGUGGCAACAAAACUAUUCCUGGGAUGCGGAACUGUUACCUCAGGCUCAGCUAGAAUGGAAGCGUUUUAGAAAUGACUUACAAACAUUAAAUACUGUGAAAGUACCCAGACAUAUUUUUAAUUCGAAGGUUCCCUGUUCGAUUCAAUUACACGUGUUUACGGAUGCAUCAGAGAAGGCAUAUGGAGCAGCUAUGUACGUGCGAGCAAUAUAUAAUGAUAAGACAAUAACAUCGAGACUAUUGUGCGCCAAAUCUAGAAUAGCACCAUUAAAGAAACAGACACUUCCACGACUAGAACUCUGCGCAGCAUUGCUGGGAGUCGAAUUAGCAGAAAGAGUUAAACAAGAUUUAAAGUAUCAAAACGUGCCAACCUACUUUUGGUCCGAUUCCAAAAUUGUUUUGUCAUGGAUAAUAUCUUCAUCUGCCUCAUUGCACACAUUCGUAGCAAAUCGUAUUAGCAAAAUUCAAGAGAUGUCACAUGCUGAUCAAUGGCAUCAUGUGGCAUCAAAGGAUAAUCCUGCUGACAUCAUUUCCAGAGGAAUAAAGCCAAACCCAAAGGCAUUUAACAUCUCAACUGAUAUCGAAAGACGACAAGGACAUACAGUUAACAUUAUCAUUCAAACGACUAGUUCUGAUCACAUGAUAAAUCAAAUUGAUCAUCGAAACUCAUUCAGAUACCUCCAAAGAACAAUUGCUUAUGUUCGCCGUGUAUUUCAUCGCACACAAUCACCAACAAGAACACUUUCUCCAAAAGAAUUACGAGAUGCAUUAGUCUUCAUAAUUAAAACUAUUCAGGGCUCAGAAUUUGCAAAGGAAAUCUCUGAUUUAAAACAAUGUAAAGCAGUCAACAGUUCGAGUCAACUAAAUACUUUAGCACCGUUCAUUGACGAACAAGGUGUACUUCGUGUUGGAGGAAGGCUUGAAGCAUCAACAUUGCCAUAUGAUGCUAAACACCCAAUGGAGUUGAUUACUGUGGUCCGAUAUGGAUUCAUUAUAAAAUUAGAGGAAAAAGGCCAACAAAGGCAUAUUUAG